AUGGCUAGUACCUCCCACCACCCGGAGGUCACUAGCCCCUGCCCCUCGUCCCAAUCCCUUGCGCCUCCCCCUCCCCCUCCCCCACCCCAACCCACCCUCUCCGACCUAAAGCACGGAACCACCACCUCCCCAACCCUGUGGUACCGCAUCCACGUCCUCCUGCACGACCUGUGCAACGUCAACCAUCCCGCCUCGUCAAAGCGGCUGGGCAAGACGGCCGACCCGCACUACAUCGGCAAGCCCUACUUCACCUGGGACGAGGCGCAGCGGAUCAAGCGCACCGUCGGGGGCCCCGGGGGCCGGACGGUGGAGCAGCUGAUCGAGGAGCGGGUCCGCGAGAAGCUCGAGCGGCUCCACCGCAAGAAGCGGCCGGUGGAGGGGGCGGAUGAGCUCCGGGUCUCCGCGGCGCAUGACCUCGCGCCCAUCAUCGCGCGGCUGCUGCAGAUUGACCUGAAGGUGUUGGGGAAGGACGAGCAGUUUGCCAGGCUGGUCGGGGAGUAUGGGCUGUAUCCGGAAGGGGAGACUUGGGUGGGGCUGAAGAAGCGGACGUUUGGGUCGAGGAAGAAGAGGAAGUGAAUGCGGGCGGUGGUGUUGGUCCUGUGGGAGGGCGGAAGGAGGCGUGGGUGCAUGUUAUGCUGGCUUUUUCUGAGAUAUCUUGGGACUCAGAGUCGGGCCUUAGGUUUCGCCCUCUGAGCGAUGCUCAUCCGAG